CAAUCUGGAUCACAGAGAGAGCCCGGGAUGUUUGGAGCCUUUUGCUGGUAGGGAGGAAGAACGGUGGAAGUCGACCUGCCGCAGUUGCUUCCUUUGAGAGCGGAGAAAUACCGGACGCUGCCCGGGGAUUAUUUGUCCAAGUGCUUCCUCCUGUAAAGGCUUCUGAAGCAAUCAGUAGGCAUCUGGGAAAGUGAAUUGGAAAUUCGAAAUCGUGAGCUUUCUAGAAGUGCACAGCACCUCACCCUCGGAUGCUUUUGUCCGCAUGGCAUGGAUACGCAGCUGAAUUUGUCAAGUUUGGAAUGCUUCGGCUGUCAAAUAAAGUGCUUUUAGGUUUUUAGUUACCUUUUUUCUUCCAAGCAACGUUCUGUCUAAGUCACAGGCGUAACUGGUUUCGUGGACUGGCUCCUGGUUAAAUGUAGCCUGAGUCACGGUGUAGACGUUACUGAAAAGUUUCAUGGCAUAUAUUUUUACCCUUAUUUUAUUUUUUGGGUUUUCUGACAUAGCCUUUUGUCAUUUUACAUUGAGACAUAUUUUCUAAAUGAAGAGUCUAACAGAAAUUUGUUUAUCAUUUUUUCUUUUAUAUUUUAUUUAAUAUUUUUGUUGGAAAAUGUUGUUGCCAAUAAGCAAUAUGGCGGUAUCCAGAUAGCUGUUGUUUACAAAUGCCUCUGCUACCUGAAGCUAGGAAAUGUUCCUCAGCUCAGAUGUGAAAUUCGGAUUUUCAGCUUUACAGUUGGUGGCAUAAACAGUGUAUUUAUUUCACCUGGAGCUGAUGAUUUCUAUAGCGUUAUGUACAUGGAAUAGACAAGAGAAGAAUCUUUCAGAGAAAAAACAAGACUUUUAAGUCAGAGACUUGGAAAAUUUUGGAAAUAGCCUUGCAGAAUCUGUAAGCAAGAAGGAUGGGUAGCUGAUUCCUGUGAGGUCAAAUCUAUGUCAAACAGCUACGAAUGUAGUAUCAACAAGAACUUGGGAUAUUAUCUCAAGGAAGACAAACUGGAAAAAUACAAAUCACGCAGUGCUAACACCUUGUGCGGUCCUCUUGGAUUAGGUGUGCUUUCAGCUGAACUGCUACUGCCUCACAGAAAAUUAAGAUGGACAGAACAACUUAAUUCAAAAGGACUUGCCAUGAGGUGCUGAAGCCUUGUUUCAUUGAUUCGGAGAGACUGGACCUAAAUGGCGCAGCAUGACUUUGCUCCAGCCUGGCUUAAUUUUCCUACUCCGCCAUCGUCAACAAAGUCAUCACUGAACUUUGAGAAACAUUCUGAAAAUUUUUCAUGGACAGAGAAUCGUUAUGAAGCAAAUCGCAGAAGACACAACUCUUCAGAUGGAUUUGAUCCUAACACUGGACGGCCUAAUGGAGGGCAUUUUGGGAGAAAAGAGAAGAAUGGUUGGCGUUCACAAGGCAGAAGUGGUACAGAAAAUAUAAACCAUCGUGGGGGAUACCAUGGCGGAGGUUCCCGCGCUCGUACCGGCACUUUCCACUGUGGAAGAAGCCAGGGACUGCAUGAAAACAAUGUACCUGUUAAUGAAACUGGGAAAAAGGAAGACAAAGAAGUACCUAAACAGUUUGAGGCUGAGGAUUUUCCAUCUUUGAAUCCUGAGUAUGAGAGAGAACCAAACCAGAAUAAAUCAUUAGCUGCAGGUGUGUGGGAAUAUCCAUUGAACCCUAAAUCUAGAUCUCCAAGAAUGCUGGUCAUUAAAAAGGGCAAUACAAAAGAACUGCAGAUAUCUGGAUUUCCUGUAGUAGGAAGUCUUCAUUCACAGCCAGUAAAAAAUGGAACUGGCACAAGUGUUUAUAAAGGAUUAAUCCCUAAACCUGCUACUCCACCCACAAAGCCUUCACAGUGGAAAAGCCAAGCAAAAGAAAAUAAAGUUGGAAAUCCAUAUCCUCAUGAAUCUGCCUAUGGUAUUGGCAAUUUCAUUCCUUUCAAAUCAACUGCCAAGGCAUUUCCUGUAUCACAAAUUUCAGUGAAAGAGUGUAAUCGGUCAAAUUCUUCAUCCCCUGUUGACAAAGUUGGUCAGCCUCGUUUAACAAAAUUGACAAGAAUGCGAACUGAUAAGAAGAGCGAAUUUUUGAAAGCAUUGAAACGAGAUCGAGUGGAAGAAGAACAUGAAGAUGAGAAUCAUGCUGGGCAAGAGAAGGAUGAUGACUCCUUUAACUUGUGUAACAGCAACAGUCCUCAUCAUGAGAGAGAUAUAAACCGAAACUUCGAAAAUGAAAUUCCUCAAGAGAAUGGCAAUGCUUCAAUUACAUCUCAACAGAUCAUUCGAUCUUCAACUUUACCUCAGGCAGACGUUCUUUCAAGCUCACUUGAGGCAGAGCAUAGGUUGUUAAAGGAGAUGGGCUGGCAGGAAGAUGCUGAAAAUGAUGAAACGUGUGCUCCACUAACAGAGGAUGAGAUGAGGGAAUUCCAAGUCAUUAGUGAACAGUUACAAAAAAAUGGCCUCCGGAAAAAUGGCAUUUUGAAAAAUGGCCUCAUCUGUGAUUUUAAAUUUAGCACCUGGAAAAACAGCACUUUCAAACCUGCUCUGGAGAAUGAGGAUUCUGAGACGAGCAGCACUGAUACAUCAGAUGAUGAUGAUGUGUGAAGAUUUCUGUACCAUCUGUAGAAGCUUGUUCUGAUCUCAUGAGAAUAUGGGGAUGUAUUAUCAAAAAAAAAAAUACAAAAAACAAAACUAAGUUAUGUAGUAACAUACCCUCUUAGAAGAAGAAUGAUGGGACUUCUCUCUGAAGACAGCAAGAAAUGUUGUGUUGGGUGUGUUGAACAUUACUAUAUUUCUUUGUUAACGAAUGUUGUAGAAUGAGGACUUGGGUUGCCCCAGCAUUGACUUUCUUCAUCACUGCAGCAUUUCUGACUAGCAAUGUGACAAUGUAACAAAUCAGAUUUUCUCAUUUAAUAAUAAAAACAAAAAGAAUUGUGUAAUGUCUUGCAAAGCUUCUGUCUUAAAAUGUCCACGUAUGUAAGGGGGAAAAAAGGUCAGCUUGACACUGUGUUUUGUUUGCCAGGUCAUUUCUUUCUUACAAUGGAAAUCCUAGAGUCCACUUUGUAUGCAAAAAGGGCAAUGUAGCAUGUUGGCUAAAAUGAGCAAAGUGCACUAAAACUCUUUUCCUUAA